AUGCUUAACUUUCAGCGGUUAUCCAUGACCCCAAUCAUCCUCGACGAGACAUUGACUGCCGAUGCCGAUGCGGCCCUGCACUUCCACGAUCACGGCGCACCCUCUGAACCCCUCCCAUAUUGGCUCGUCAAUUUACCUCGGUCGCAAUGGACCGCAGAAUGCCCUAGCUUUCUACGUGACCAAUCUCCGAAGAAUGUCCAAUGCCUCUCCACCCCCAAUCAUCUUUAUACUCGACAGAACUGGGAGCAGGUGAAGGAGAUCAUAGGUACCAACCGGAUCGAUCGGUUCCAGCGUGUGCCAAGCGAACUGUACAAGUAUCUAGAAUACAUGGCGCACAUAAAGGCGGAGUAUACAUCCACGAUGAGAUUUGUGGUCAAGGAACGGUUGGGCUGGGGGGAUGUCAAUUGGGAAGAUCUCAAGCCAAGAGGGGGUCCUUUUGAAUAUAAGGAGGACAUCCGAAUCAUAUACAACGACUGGCCAUAUGGUGUCGAAAAAGACAUCAUCCAUCUGGUCGUGUGGACCAAAUUCGAGCUGGAAGAUGACCCAGCCACAGAUGAUCUAACGGCAAGUGCACGACGGACCAUAGAGAGCUAUGUGCAGGACACAUUUUGCUCUCGAGUACCACCCAACCAGGUGGUCUGGUUCAAGAACUGGAAGUCACUCAAGUCAGUUCCCGGGAUAGAACACUUCCACGUCAUGCUCCAUCGUCCCGAUAUGGCAUUUGUUAGGGAGAUCACUCUGGGAGAUGUACCUCUGAUAGAGCGGCUAUGA